GCCAGGAGUGCGUGCACCAAGCCCGUGGAGCCUCCACUCCCCACAGCUGCUCCGGCCGGUACCCCACCUUGAGCGUGGGCCCCGCCGGGAUGGGGAGCCGCUGGGGCCUAGGCCAGCCACGGGCCAGCCUCUGCCUGCUCCUGGCCUCGCUGCAGCUUCUGUCCGGGACACAGGCCGCAGACCCUGUGGAUGUACUGAAGGCACUGGGUGUGCGGGGGGGCCAGGCUGGGUUCCCUGAGGGGCCUGGCCUCUGCCCUCAGAGGGCCCCAGAUGGUGACCGGGCAUUCAGGGUGGGCAAGGCCAGCACACUAGGCAUCCCCACGUGGCAGAUCUUUCCAGAUGGACACUUUCCUGAGAACUUCUCUGUGCUGAUCACUCUUAGAGGCCAGCCAGCCAACCAGUCUGUCCUUCUAUCCAUUUAUGAUGAGGGUGGUGCCCGGCAGCUGGGCCUGGCACUGGGGCCAGCUCUGGGCCUCCUGGGUGACUCCUUUAGACCCUUCCCCCAGCAGGUUAACCUCAUGGAUGGAAGGUGGCAUCGUGUGGCAGUCAGUGUGAAUGGUGGCGUGGUGACCCUGGUGGCUGACUGUGACCCUCAGCCUCCUGUGUUGGGUCAGGGGCCUCGAUUCAUCAGCACAGCUGGACUCACUGUGCUGGGGAGCCAGGACCUCAGAGAGGAAACUUUUGAGGGUGAUAUUCAGGAGCUGCUGAUAAGCCCAGAUCCUCAGGCUGCCUUCCAUGCCUGUGAGCAGUACCUUCUUGGCUGUGACCACCUGGGCCCUACAACCACAGGGGUCCCCCAGGGUGAGCCAGAAACCCCUCUCCCUCGACGACGGAAGAAGAAAGGAAAGGGGAAGAAAAAAGGGCGAGGUCGUAAGGGGAAGGGCAGGAAGAAAAAGAACAAGGAAUCCUUGACCCUGGCUCCAUCUCUUGGCUCCCCGGAGAACCAGACCUCUACUGACAUCCCUAAGACAGAGAUACCAGCUCCGAUUCUGCCUCCGACUCCCACACCCUUGGUCAUCGCCACCACUGUGACUAUUGACCGCAAUGUCACCAUUCUAGAGGGUGGAACUGAACUCCGGACCCUGGAGACUGAGUUAGCCAGAGAGGAUGAGGAAGGAGGUGGCCCAGCAAUGGGCCCUGACUUCAGGGCAGCAGAACAGUCAUCGCGGGCUCAGUUCCAGAUCUUUCCUGGCACGGGGGAGAAGGGAGCAAAAGGGGAACCUGCAGUGAUUGAACAGGGACAGCAGUUUGAGGGACCUCCAGGAGCCCCAGGACCUCGUGGGGUAGUGGGCCCCUCAGGCCCUCCUGGACCCCCAGGAUUCCCUGGGGACCCUGGUCCUCCGGGCCCUGCUGGCCUCCCAGGAAUUGCUGGCAUUGAUGGAGUCCGGGGCCUACCAGGAACUGUGAUCAUGAUGCCGUUUCAGUUUGCAAGCAGCUCACUCAAAGGACCUCCAGUCUCCUUUCAGCAGGCCCAGGCUCAGGCUAUACUGCAACAGUCUCAGCUUUCUAUGAAAGGCCCUCCUGGCCCAGUAGGGCUCACUGGACGCCCAGGCCCUGUGGGUCUCCCUGGGUAUCCAGGUCAGAAAGGAGAGAUGGGAGAAAUGGGGCCUCAGGGUCCCCGAGGCCUUCAGGGAACUGUUGGGCCACCUGGCCGACAGGGCAAGAUGGGCCGCUCUGGAGCAGAUGGGGCUCGGGGCCUCCCAGGGGACACAGGACCUAAGGGCGAUAGGGGCUUUGAUGGCCUUCCAGGGCUGCCUGGUGAGAAGGGCCAAAGGGGUGACUUUGGCCAUAUGGGGCAACCUGGUCCCCCAGGAGAAGAUGGUAGGAAGGGAGCAGAGGGACCUCCGGGGCCCACUGGCCAGGCUGGGGAACCGGGCCUUCGAGGACUGAUUGGCCCUAGAGGCUCCCCUGGCCCCUUGGGAAGCCCGGGCGCAGUUGGAAUUGAUGGUGCUCCAGGUGCCAAAGGAAAUGUGGGUCCUCCAGGAGAACCAGGUCCCCCAGGACAGCAGGGAAAUCCUGGGCCCCAGGGACUCCCUGGCCCCCAGGGACUCAUCGGCAUUCCUGGGGAGAAGGGUUCCCCUGGACACCCAGGAAUUCCAGGCCUCACAGGAUCUGAUGGUCCUCUGGGUCACCCAGGCCACGAAGGCCCCACAGGAGAGAAAGGGACCCAGGGUCCACCAGGGUUGGCAGGCCCGCAGGGAUAUCCUGGACCUCGGGGUGUGAAGGGUACCUCUGGCAACCGGGGCCUCCAGGGGGAGAAAGGCGUGAAGGGAGAAGAUGGCUUUCCAGGCUUCAAGGGUGAUGGGGGGCUUAAAGGCGACCGGGGGCACCCAGGACCCCCAGGUCCCCGGGGAGAGGAUGGUCCUGAAGGGCUAAAAGGGCAGGAGGGGCUGCCUGGUGAGGAGGGGCCUACAGGCUCAGCUGGGGAGAAGGGAAAACUUGGGUUGCCAGGUCUCCCAGGUUACCCAGGACGUCCAGGCCCUAAGGGAUCUACAGGCCUUCCUGGUCCUCUGGGACCUUUAGGAGAGAAAGGGAAGCGGGGGAAGGCCGGGCAGCCAGGUUUGGAAGGAGAACGGGGACUACCAGGCUCCCGUGGAGAGAGGGGGCAACCGGGUACCACAGGGCAACUGGGCCCCAAGGGUGAUGUGGGCCAGGAUGGGGCCCCUGGGAUCCCUGGAGAAAAGGGCCUCCCAGGCCUGCAGGGCCCCCCUGGAUUCUCUGGGCCAAAAGGUCCCCCCGGCCCCCAGGGGAAAGACGGGCGACCUGGGCACCCAGGGCAGAGAGGAGAAUUGGGUUUUCAAGGCCAAACAGGCCCACCUGGUCCAGCUGGCGUCGUGGGUCCUCAGGGAAAGACAGGAGAAGCAGGACCUCUAGGUGAGAGGGGGCCCCCAGGCCCUCCUGGACCUCCUGGUGAACAAGGUCUUCCAGGACUGGAAGGCAGAGAGGGGGCCAAGGGGGACCUGGGGCCACUGGGUCCCCUUGGAAAGGAAGGGCCACCUGGACCUAGGGGCUUCCCUGGCCCCCAAGGAGCCCCAGGGGACACUGGACCUACUGGUUUGAAGGGUGACAAGGGCCCCCCGGGCCCCAUCGGUGCCAAUGGUUCCCCUGGGGAGCGUGGGCCUGUGGGCCCAGCAGGAGGCAUUGGGCUUCCUGGCCAAAGCGGAGGCCAAGGCCCUGUUGGCCCUGCAGGCGAGAAGGGGUCCCCGGGUGAACGUGGUCCCCCUGGCUCCACUGGCCAAGAUGGGAUCCCAGGGCCUCCGGGGCUUCCAGGACCCCCUGGAGCUGUGGGCCCUUCUGGUGAGGAAGGGGACAAGGGGGAAGUGGGCACUCCUGGUCACAAGGGGAGCAAAGGCAAUAAGGGGGAUGCAGGCCCACCUGGACCAAUAGGGAUACGGGGUCCUGCGGGACACCCAGGUUCCCCGGGAGCAGACGGGGCUCAGGGACGCCGGGGACCCCCAGGCCUCUUUGGGCAGAAAGGAGAUGAUGGAGUGAGAGGUUUCAUGGGGGUGAUUGGCCCCCCUGGCCUGCAGGGACUGCCAGGACCUUCUGGAGAAAAGGGGGAAGUUGGAGACGUGGGGUCUAUGGGUCCCCAUGGAGCUCCAGGUCCUCGGGGUCCCCAUGGCCCUAGUGGAUCCGAGGGUCCUCCAGGGCUGCCUGGAGGAGUUGGUCAGCCAGGUGCUGUGGGCGAGAAGGGUGAGCCAGGGGAGGCUGGAGACCCAGGACUUCCAGGAGCCCCAGGCAUCUCUGGGCCCAAAGGAGAAGUUGGUGAAAAGGGGGACUCAGGCCCAUCUGGGGCUGCAGGACCUCCAGGCAAGAAGGGCCCCUCUGGAGAGGAUGGAGCCAAAGGGAAUGUGGGCCCCACAGGGCUCCCAGGAGAUCCAGGACCCCCUGGAGACCCUGGAGUUUCGGGUCUAGAUGGUCCCCCAGGGGAAAAAGGAGACCCUGGUGAUGUUGGAGGACCGGGUCCACGUGGUGCUUCUGGGGAGCCUGGCCCCCCAGGAUCCCCUGGCAAGCGGGGUCCUUCUGGCCGAAUGGGGCGAGAAGGCAGAGAAGGCGAGAAAGGUGCCAAGGGGGAGCCAGGUCCUGAUGGCCCCUUAGGGAGGACAGGCCCUGUGGGCGCUCGAGGGCCCCCUGGACGUGUUGGGCCUGAGGGUCUUCGAGGGAUCCCUGGCCCUGUGGGUGAACCAGGCCUCCUGGGACCUCCCGGACAGAUGGGCCCUCCUGGCCCCCUGGGGCCCUCUGGCCUCCCAGGGCUGAAGGGAGAUGCUGGCCUCAAGGGGGAAAAGGGCCACAUCGGAUUAAUUGGCCUCAUUGGACCCCCUGGGGAAGCUGGUGAGAAAGGGGAUCAGGGGUUGCCAGGCGUGCAGGGCCCUCCUGGCCCCAAGGGAGAACCCGGUCUCCCUGGUCCCACUGGCUCUCUGGGCCCUCCUGGGCCCCCAGGCGUGGCAGGCCCUCUGGGACAGAAGGGCUCAAAGGGGUUGCCGGGAUCCCUUGGCCCUCGUGGAGACACUGGACCUGCAGGACCCCCAGGUCCCCCGGGUCCCUCUGCGGAGCUGCACGGGCUGCGCCGGCGCCGGCGCUCUGUCCCUGGCCUGGGGGUGCUGAAGGCCCCGGAGGGCGGCCUGGAGGAGGUACUGGCCUCUCUCACGUCGCUGAGCUUGGAGCUGGAGCAGCUACAGCGCCCUUCUGGCACUGCCGAGAGCCCGGGUCUUGUGUGCGAUGAGCUACACCGCAACCACCCGCACCUACCAGACGGGGAUUACUGGAUCGACCCCAACCAGGGCUGCGCGCGAGAUGCACUCAGGGUUUUCUGCAACUUCACGGCGGGAGGAGAGACCUGCCUCUACCCGGACAAAAAGUUUGAGACCGUGAAACUGGCUUCCUGGUCCAGGGAAAAGCCGGGAAGCUGGUAUAGCACAUUCCGUCGAGGGAAGAAGUUCUCCUAUGUGGACGCUGAUGGGUCCCCAGUGAAUGUGGUACAGUUGACCUUCCUGAAGUUGCUGAGUGCCACAGCCCGCCAGAGCUUUACCUACUCCUGCCAAAACUCGGCUGCCUGGCUGGAUGAAGCUGCUGGCAACCAUGGCCGUUCCCUUCGCUUCCUCGGGACCAAUGGCGAAGAGCUGUCCUUCAACCAGACAGCAGCAGCCACCAUUGCUGUCCCCUAUGAUGGCUGCCGGCUCCGGAAGGGACAGGCGAAAACCCUCUUGGAGUUCAGCUCUUCUCGAGUGGGGUUUCUACCCCUGUGGGACGUGGCGGCCACCGACUUUGGCCAGACAAAUCAGAAGUUUGGGUUUGAACUGGGCCCUGUCUGCUUUAGCAGCUGAGAGUCUUGGGGUGGGCGGGACCAUGAGGGAGCCCUAGAUGGGGCACACUUGGUGCUGAGGCUUUGAAGCCACCAUAUUUAUCAUUUCCUGUGACUGUGGAGUCAGGGGAAAGUUUGCUUAUCAUGGUCAAACAAUAUUCCUUCUCCAUUCCGGGGGGCUGGACUCCCUUGGCCCAAGAGUCCAACUUCCUCCCACUGCACCCCUGCUGGAAUGACUGUAGUCUGGCUCUUUCUUCCCUCUAUGCCCAUUCAACCCGCAGUCUCCACCCCCGACCCCUCUGCAAUAGACUAAUUCAGAGCUGAUGAAUGCCCUCCCCACACCCGGCUUUCCCUUUUCAGUCAGUGCCCCCAACACCCUUUGGUGCUACCCUUCCCAAUAGUUGAGCACUGGAUGUCUCUUGAUUCCAGGCAGGGCUCCUUCACUCACUCCUAUUUUCAGGUGGGUUCAGAGUGAAGGAACUGAAGUCAGACUACAGAGGGAAGUGGGACUUCCCUGGACUGAGUUGUGUGUUCCUUUUGCUGCCUCAGCCCAGUUCUGAAUACAGGUCCCAUCAUAUCUCGCCAUGCCACAUGGUUUGGGGAUCAAGAUACGGGGUAAAUCAGGAUCCUAAUGGUGCUGCCCUAUUUAUACCUGGGUCUGUAUUAAAAGGGAAAAUCCCUCUGUUGUAUAUUUAAUCUGCUUCCUCCUUCCAGAAGGCUGGGACAUGAUAAAAGAGAUUCUAUCAUGACCCCCUCAUUCCCCCCAGGGCAUA